AUGAACAAAACAGUUUUUUGACGAAGUAUAUUUAACUGUGAGUCGUUCUUCGUGCAUUUUUCAAAUCACUUUCUAGUUUCGAUGGACACGUUUGAAGAAUGUUCAUGGUAAAGCAGCGAACGUUAAAUGUUGGAAGAAAAAUACACAAGAUGGAGCAGCGUGACUGUAGUCCUGUAGUGGAGCAUCGCAAGAUUGGCCAGUGAUUCAGCCAAUCGCAGUAAAGCUCUACCGUAACUGUAAUAUUUUGAACCAGCGUCAACUUCAACAGCAGCAGCAGCAGUUGUUCCAAGCAAGACGAUCGGAAAGUAAAUGUAACGUAUCGGUGUGAGAAAUAAAAGCAACUUACUUUCCGUCGUACUCUUCGUGAAAGGUAAAUUUAUAAUAUCUUGCUGGAGCGCAAAAACGGCCCAAAUUAAAUCGCAGAAAACCACGAGGAAUUGGAGGUUCGUGUUUUUUACCUUCGACGGAGAAACUAAAAAAAUGGCACCUACCAAAGUGGUAAACACACAGAAUAAACCAAAUGUCCCACCAUUGACGACACGUCGAGGAAUAACAACUCGAAAUCAAAAGACAUUGGUAAACAAUGCUUUGACAAAACCACCCGUGGUUAUGAAAGACCCUCGAAUCAAGAGGAAAGCUGAUGCUUCUCCUCUUAAAGACAAAACGACCAAACGAUCUGCAUUAGGAAACAUCACCAAUGCUAUUGGCAAAUCUUUUGGCGUGCAGCAUCAGGAGCCUAAAAAAUUGGUCAAAAAAGCACCAAUAACCCAAGUGAAACCAUUGAUCCAGAAUCAUCAAUCGAAAGGUUUAGAAAAAAUAAAUGUGCGGCCAGAUCAUGUUGCUCCAAAAACAAAAAUUACCACGAGGGCCAAAAGUAUUCUUAAGGACGAAGAGAAAGUUGAUUUACCGAGCAAGACAACCUUAAUAAACACACGCCGUAGCCAAGAUCUCGAGAAAUCCGAGGAUAGUUCGUUAUAUGUGAGCGCUUUGGAGGAAGUUCCCGAAGACAGUGCCAAAAAAGCGACCAAAACUAUAAAUAAGGUUGAAAGUGAAGUGAAAGAUAGCAAGACUAGUAAUGAAACGGAAGAUAGCGGAAAGGUAUCAAAUAUAGUGCUUGAAGAACCAUUGAUAGCUGAAAGAUUAGACGUUAUUCCUGAACGAGAAUUGCCACCGGGUGUUCAGUGGGAUUUUGACGCCGAAAACUGGCGCGAUCCUUAUCAAGUUUCCCAAUAUGCUAUGGAAAUAUUCGAGUAUUUGAAAGGAAGGGAAAAAUUGUUCGUGAUUACCGAUUACAUGGAAAGACAAGUCUGUCUCUCCCGAUGGAUGAGAUCGUUACUCGUCGAUUGGAUGGUCGAAGUACAAGAAUCUUUUGAACUUAAUCACGAGACUCUUUACCUAGCCGUCAAAUUGGUCGAUCUUUAUCUCACCAAAGUAACCGUUGGCAAAGAAACUCUCCAGUUACUCGGUGCCGCCAGUCUUUUUAUUGCUAGCAAAUUUGACGAACGAAUCCCUCCAAUGGUAGAGGAUUUCUUGUACAUAUGUGAUGGUGCUUAUUCCCAAAGAGAGCUCAUUCGAAUGGAAAUGAACGUGCUCAAAAUAGUCGACUUCGAUCUCGGCAUACCUUUGUCCUAUAGGUUUCUACGUCGUUACGCUAGAUGCGCUAAAGUGUCGAUGCCAACGUUGACCCUGGCGCGUUACAUCCUGGAGUACUCGUUGAUGGACUACUCGACGAUAAUGCACAGCGACAGUAAAAUGGCCGGGGCGGCCCUCUUCCUGGCACUCCAGAUGAAGGACCUUGGUGGUUGGACGCCUACCCUUGAAUAUUACACCGGAUAUAAGCUCGAGGACAUCAAAGAUAUCGCCAUUGUACUUAAUCAAGGACUCCACAGAAAGCAUAAAGACGCUCUUGCCACAGUACGCAAUAAAUACAGCCACAAAAUAUUCUUCGAGGUAGCCAAGGUGCCAUUGAAAGAAGUAUUAGAUAUUUAAUAACUCAAAAAUGGUAAGUAUGGAAACAAUAUUUAAAUAGACUCGAGGCUGACAAUGCUGCGGAAUAGUUCAGUCCGCGAAAAGCUGCAACCGUUAUCUCGCUGAUUUGAAAAGAAAAAGAAUGGUGUAUACUUGCGACUUUCAAAGAGUUUGCGGAUGCAAGGCGAGGCGGCUCGAAUCGUUGAAGUGAAGAUCGAAAAAAGCCCCAGUACCUCAAUUAAUAGGACCAAUUAGUUUUUAAACGACCGAGCGAUACUGUGACGAAAUAAUGAUUCACUCUUAUAUUGCGUGCCGUUGCAAUGCGAUCGUUUACUUUUUUUUUUAUUUUUGCAAGUUUCUUUUGUAAUCAAUUUAUCCAAAAGUUCAUGAAAUUUCAAUUUGUAACGUCGUUUUAAGCAUGUUUUUUUUCUAUUUAUUAAUAUUAUUAUUACUAUGAGAGAUUUUAGUGCAGUGAACGAUCGGUUUCUAGACUUUUUAUUUCUCGAAGUAUCACUAGUUUUCUGUGCCUCAUGGAUAUGAAUCAUACCACCGAAAACAGUUUGUAACGAGUAUGACUGUUUACCAUAAAUUUGAUAAAAAAUUUAUAAAUAUAUGUUGAAAUAUACGAAUUGAAACAGUUUUAAGAAAAUAUUCGGACGGAUGUUUUAUACGCAACGGGCGUUAUUUUGAUUUUGAUAUUCUUCUCUUUAACUAUAAUUACCGAGAGUGCGGCACAUUAUUAAUGCCCUGCAUAGACUGAUAACGUUGCUUUUGACUUGCCCCAUAAAUUUCAUCGAAAAUUCUCAUUGGCGGAAAUAAUAGUUGACAUAAUAAUAAUGAUUGUCCGUAUGCAAGGUUAUUCACAAUUUUUCAACUUGCUUAUGGAUCAAGCGUGCGACAAUCGGCCGUGUUUAUCUGCCAGCUGUUCGUAUACUUAUUUUUACAAAUAUAUAAAAAUUCAUUCACGAAAUUUGAGCAUUUAUCGAUUUUUUUUGUGACGUACGCAUAUAUCCGAUUCGAAUAUGAUGCAAGAUUUGAUUUUUCCAUUGGAGGUGUACGCGGAGAACUUGGAAAAAUCCUUCGAUAUCAAAAUCUCGAAUAGCUAAUCUAUCAACGGGUUUAAGAAAAAAUUUGUGGCGAACGAACUUUUCGGAAGCGCUAAAUGAAAAAACGAGCUCUAUUUUUGCAACGAACCAAUUGUCUUUCAGAACCAUUUCUCAGUGAUACGAAACACUCAUGAACGAGUCUUUCAAUCCUCAAAAUGGCGGACACUUACAAAAUCAUGCAGGUCGUUUUUUCAGUCGGAAUAAAAAUGGAAACAAAUUUAUAAAAAAAACGAAAGAGGACAAUUUUGAAAAUCAGUUCGCAUUUCUAAACUCGAUAAAGAGAAUUUAUAUUAAUCGGAUUGAAAAUUGGCGAUUAGUUAAUGGAAAUUAUUAUAAUAAUAGUAACUAAGAUAAUGAUAAUGAAUCCUUAAAAAAAAAAGAAUAAAAAAUAAAACACUGCUCCGAUAUCGUGUAAGUGAUCGCGACUCAAAAACGAAUAAUGAAAAAGCACCGUUGUACAUAAAAAAUCACUGUCGUUCAAAUCUGUAAAUACUGAUGAAUAUAUAUACAUACAUAUAUAUAGUUAUUUUUUCCGACCACAGGACUAAUGUUUCGGGAUAGGGAUACACAAAAGGAAAAUUUUUCGAAACGUCCAAAAGUUGCAAUGCUCAUGAGUAUAAUAAAAAUUACGAGGUGUAAAUAAUUGUAGUCUAGAUGUUUUUUUCUCCAUUUGCGAUCGACAAUUUUAAUGGAAACUAGGGUUUAAGACUGUGUAUGCAAAAAUCGGAACAGCUAAUUUGACAAUAAAGAAACGAUGAUAAAAGUC